UAUGUUUUCUCAGUUUUUCAAAGCACUUCGUGGCAUCUUUGUGUUUAUUUUUUCACCCAGUGUCAAGUGUGUAGUAAAUUGUGUCGCAUCACCCCCAAAGGCGUCAAACCACACGCGCAAAAUUUCUUCGAUCGAUUUUCGAUAUGGCCCAAACAAAUAAUAAUAGUCCCACUGCUGUUGCAGCAUCUGCUGCGGGUUCUACAAAUCCCCGCGAUAGCCGAAUUAUUGAUGAUCGCAAACCAGACAUUCCCAAAAAUGUGGGUCAUCUUCUGAAAGAACCGGUGGAAAUCGACUGCCCAGCCUGUCAUAAACGUAACAUGACCCGGGUACAUAAGACAGCUGUGACUUUUUGUCAAAUGUUUGUGGCGGCCAUAAAUGCUUUGUGUUGCUGUUGCAAAGAUGCCAUUAAAUGGGAAGGCCGCUUCGAUUACAAUCACUUCUGUUCCGAGUGUGGCUGCUACAUUGGCCGCUACAUUUCGUUGGGUUGGAACGAACGACGCAUGUUGCGAGCGAAGCGAAUGGAAUUGGAAAUAAAUCACAUGGUCGAUAAUAUGGUGGAUCGGGCCACAAACAAUUUGAGGGAACAACAGCAGUCGGGUCAGACUUCGCCCUAUGGUGCAACCACUGUGCCAAACAAUGCCACGCAACUUUGAGAAGAAAAAACAUUUUUUCUUUAUUUUGAUUUUGAAAUAAUAAUUUUUUGUUAAAUAUUUUGUAUAUCAUUUUAUUUAUUUUGAGUUCAAUACAUCAUCGCUUGUUAUACAUAGACCAAAC